AUGGGCUUGAUACUGGGACUGAUGGUUCUCGUCUGUGCAGGCGUUUUAACGAAUCAAGGGCUAUCUAAUGAACCUCCCCGAACUCCCGGAAUAAUAUCGGUGAACACCUCCACAAGUAACAAUACGGAUGCUGCAGGAUCUGUUGUUGUACCGGGUCCAGGAUUCGGCAUCGAAACGGAAAUCAACGGAGGCGGUGGCGGCACGCCAGGUCGUCCAGGUAAAACUAUACCAGGAGCGGGCCCUGAUAUUUAUAUAAAAAGCGAAAGCAAGCAAAUCCAGAACGGUACAGAAAACAAAGUCGAGAGCAUAGUUUCAACGGUUACGUCGAAGCCACCGGAUAGACCUCCACCCAGACCUCCCAGUGGACCCAGACCCGGACCAGCCAAACCAACUCCAAAACCAUAUGUCCCACCAGACAAUCAACCCGGCCAUGGAUGGCUGCUACCAAUUCCUGGUCCUGUGCUAUAUCCUCCGCCUUCUCCUCUUCCUCCUAUUCCUCCUAUUCCUCCUCUUCCUCCUAUUCCUCCUCUUCCUCCUCAAUGGAUACAACCUCCUCCCCAAGGGAACCCUUGGAUAUACCAGCCAACCUUGUAA